UCCUCUCGUCCUCAGCGUCCAGGACUGCCCACUCCGCUCCCGGCCCACGGACCCCCUCCGCUCAUCACCUCCCGUCCCUCAACACACUCUGAUUUAAACAGCUUUUUAAAACCCAACUUCUGCAUCAAAUCUCACAUUCCGUUUUUUUUUUUUUCAAGUGUUAUUUUUAUUCAAUCUGUUAUUCCAAUUUGUGUUUUGAUUUCAUUGAUUUUGAUUGAUUGCGGCCGUGCGUGUGUGAACCAUGUCUGUGGCCAAUUCGCCUCCAUCGUCGUUGUCGUUCUCCUCGAUGUGCCACGUGAACGCCACGGUGUGCUCGGGCGCGUCGUGCCUGGUGCCGCCCAGCAACUUCAACGCGGUGCUGAGCGUGGUCAUGAGCGUGGUGCUGACCACCAUGCUGGCCAUGGUCAUGUUCGCUAUGGGCUGCACCGUGGAGGUGGGCAAGCUGUGGCAGCACCUGCGCCGCCCCUGGGGCAUCGCCAUCGGCUUCCUGUGCCAGUUCGGCAUCAUGCCCUUCACCGCCUUUGCCCUCUCGCUGGCCUUCAACGUCAUGCCCGUCCAGGCCGUGGUCAUCAUCAUCAUGGGCUGCUGCCCCGGCGGAUCCAGCUCCAACAUCAUCGCCUACUGGCUGGACGGAGACAUGGACCUCAGUAUCAGCAUGACUGCGUGCUCGUCCAUCUUGGCUCUGGGGAUGAUGCCGCUGUGUCUGCUCAUCUACACGUCCAUCUGGGUGUCAACAGACACCAUCCAGAUCCCCUAUGACAGCAUCGGCAUCACGCUGGUGGCUCUACUGGUUCCUGUGGCUCUGGGCAUCUAUGUGAAAUACCGCUGGCCCAAGCAGGCCAAGAGAAUCCUCAAGGUGGGCUCCAUCCUGGGCUUUGCUCUGAUCAUCAUCAUCGCGGUGGUGGGCGGCGUGCUGUACCAGUCCUCCUGGACCAUCUCCCCCUCCCUCUGGAUCAUCGGCGCCAUCUACCCCUUCGUCGGCUUCGGCCUUGGCUUCUUCAUGGCACGCUUCGUUGGGCAGCCCUGGCAUAGGUGCCGCACCAUCGCCCUGGAGACGGGCUUCCAGAACUCCCAGCUGUGCAGCACCAUUGUCCAGCUGUCCUUCCCGCCGGAGGACCUGGAGGUCAUGUUCGCAUUCCCCCUCAUCUACAGCAUCUUCCAGCUGGGAGCUGCACUCAUGGCAGUGGCAGGCUAUCGUCUGUAUAAGAGGUGUAAGGGCGGCUCGGCGGAGGAGGACACUGAGAGGGCGGAUGCCGUGGGGGAGAAGCAGGAGUACGCCAUGGACAACCCCGCCCUCGACUGUGACGAGAACCCCGCCCUCGACUGUGACGAGAACGGCAACAAGGGAGGCAAGAACAAGUUCACCCAGCUCUGAGAACGACCCGGACUACACACACACACACACACACACACACACACACUCACACACACACACGCUCACCUGACCUAAAUGAACACCAGUAGCCAUAUAUGAACAUAAUAGACACCUGCUAAACACCUGCUGUCUAGAAUUUCAUUUAGUGACGGACUCUGUAGCCUUGGUGGAUGUUACGAUGGAUCACCCUGAGAUGGGGGUCUGGACCCACUCCAAGCUUGCCAACGAUAGAGGGGACGGUGGUGUCCUAGAUAUGACUGUGUGUGGUCAGGGUGUGUCCUAGAUAUGACUGUGUGUGGUCAGUGUGGCACCUCUUUUAUAAGGGGCCUGCCAUCACCAUCAUGAAAAUGCCCAGCGGGGGCCAACAUGGAACUCUCCCACAUGUAUCUAUUUAUAUAAAUGAAAAAUGAUAUUAAUUUAUUCAAAACGUGUCUCUCGUGCAAAUGUGUAACAAACUGUAUGCAAUGAUGUAAUUUUUCUGUAAGGGCGAGUGGCUGAAGUGGAAUUCUCCUGCUGAAUGUGUGUAUUUAUGGGGCUCUCUCUAAUGGUUGGUGUGGAUGUGUGCGGUUCUCUUUUCUAAAGCCUGUCUGCACUGUGUGGAUGUGUGCGGUUCUCUUUUCUAAAGCCUGUCUGCACUGUGUGGAUGUGUGCGGUUCUCUGGUUCUCUUUUCUAAAGCCUGUCUGCACUGUGUGGAUGUGUGCGGUUCUCUUUUCUAAAGCCUGUCUGCACUGUGUGGAUGUGUGCGGUUCUCUUUUCUAAAGCCUGUCUGCACUGUGUGGAUGUGUGCGGUUCUCUGGUUCUCUUUUCUAAAGCCUGUCUGCACUGUGUGGAUGUGUGCGGUUCUCUUUUCUAAAGCCUGUCUGCACUCUGGUGAUCAGGGGGGGGGGGGGGGGUGAGGGGAAUUGGUGCGAGGGCUCGAGUGGUCGAGUGGAAAUGUGAUGUGAAGAUGUAUGCGGCUGUAACACAGACCUGUUCUUCUGUAAGGUUUUGAAUAAACAGCUUGUUUCUAUGACAA